AUGUCUUUUGAGAGUUUACAGGAGCGGUUGUCCGCUCUGCAGGAGACCACGUCGCAGCUGCGGGAGCUGAUCGAUCGACUGACGUAUCUCAAGUUCCAGCCCGGCUCGGUGCCGCUCGACACCAACGAGGAGGGCAGCGUGAGCGGCGAGCUGAGCGCGGAGAUCAGCCAGCUGCUGAGGGAGGGCGACGACGACCAGGAGCUUCUACUGGAGGAAGUCGAAUUUCUAAAGGACGAUGAGGAGGGAGGACGGACCAGACUACAACAAGGGGUGGAGAGGCAAGGCAAGGAACUGGAAAGCUGUCGAAUUGGCUUCAGGAAAGCCCGGCUCGCAGCGAAGAAGAGCCUCGUCCAGGCGCAGCGACUAGAGCGGGAGCUCAUGGUCAAGUCCUACUCCGUCCCCGUCUCUGAGGCGGCGUCGCCCGAUGCGAUAGACGAGAAGGAUGCGCCACCGCCCUUCCAGCACCAGUUCUCCCGAUAUAACCAGCGGGCCCAGCAGACGAGCAGCCUGUCCGAGAAGGACAAGCAGGCGGUGGGGGCGAGCAGCCGGGCGACGGACGCGCUGCGGCAGAUGCACGCCUCGCUGCAGGCCGAGCUGGAGCGGAGCGACUACGCGCACCAGACGAUGAAGGAGUCGUCGGCGGCGUUCCAGCAGCUCAACGAGUCGUACAGCUCGCUGGAGGUCAUGCUGGCGAGUUCGAAGGAUCUGCUGGGCACGCUCAUGAAGUCGCAGAAGAGCGACACGUGGUACCUCAUCACUACGUUCUACAUGCUUCUUAUUGUCGGGGCUUGGUUGGUGUUUAGGCGCUUCCUCUACGGGCCUAUGUGGUGGUUGGUCUGGCUGCCGCUGAGGUUUCUGCUGGGUGUUGGAUCCACCGUUGGGAGUACGGCGUUACAAGGUCGGAGGAGUGUUGGCGAGUCUGGGAAAGUGGAAACUUUUACUGGGGAGCAUAAAGUGACUGUGGAUGGCAUCCCGGGUGAUGAGCUGCCUACGGCAAAGGUUGAGGAGAAACCCUCAGAGCCUGCCAAACAAGACACCGACUCGGUGAUGGAGGAGGUGCAGAAAGUGGUUGACUCAGUCAAGGAGGCCGAUGAGUUGGGCUCCAUUCCAAAAGAAGAUACAGGUUCAGCAGAUGUGGUUCGAGAGGAGGUCGUUGAGAAGGUCGUCGAAACCGAAAAUGACGAAGAGGUUGACGAUGACGAUGAAGACGAGGAUGACGACGAGGACGACGAGGAUGAGGAUGAAGACGACGUAGUGGAAGAGUACACGAGGGAACGGGAUGAGCUUUAA